AGUUACUUAUUUGCUACAGUUUAUGUUUGCUGUCAUUGGAGUGCAGCUAUUUAAGCGCUUACGCGGUACGCCGAAUAAAUAUUAGGACGCCGUUUAUCUCUUCUACACUCUCUGCGGCGCCUGAUUCUUUAAACGGAGCUCUACCGCCUUCGCGUUCUGCAUCGAAUACUUUCAAAGCUGUAGUGGUUUCAGCCACUCGAACGAUAUGACCUAGCCAUCGUAGCCGCUGUGUCUACAUUCGUCGUUGUCAAUGCGCAAAGAACCAUCCUAUGUCCACAUCGUCUUCGCUUCUCCUCCACCUCUUUUGGUAUCAAAUGGCUCGGAAAGGAACUUCCCAAUCCUGACUACGUUUCUAGUGUUGUCCAGUGUCUGCUUACAUAGCCGUAUAAGUUUUUCUGGGAUACCAAAUUCAGACAUGACGGCCCAGAGGCAACUGCUAUUCGUGCUGUCGAAGGCGGUUUUAAAAUCAAUGAAGAGGUGGUGUGCGUCGAUUCUCUUUGUACGGCUCUUUUUCAAGAUUCGUCUCAUGGGGAAAUUCAGUUCCUGCACAGAUGGAUCAAAGAUGAGAAGGGAGGAUUGCUAUGGCACCUACCUGUUUUACGAGGAUGGAGAUGUACACAAACCCCGGUUAAUGGAACGAGCGUGGAAUCGAAAUAAAUUUCACUUCGACGAUGUGGCAAAAGCGAUGCUGACAUUAUUCACAGUGUCUACUUUUGAAGGAUGGCCUGCGCUCUUAUAUGUUUCUAUUGAUUCAAAUGCAGAGGAAGGGGGACCCAUUCACAACUUCCGUCCAAUUGUGGCUGCCUAUUACAUAAUUUACAUUAUUGUAAUAGCUUUUUUUAUGGUUAAUAUAUUUGUUGGUUUUGUUAUUGUAACGUUUCAAAACGAGGGUGAACAAGAAUAUAAAAAUUGUGACUUGGACAAGAAUCAAAGAAAUUGUAUAGAAUUUGCACUCAGGGCAAAACCAGUGCGGCGUUAUAUACCGAAACACGGCAUACAAUAUAAAGUUUGGUGGUUUGUUACGUCAUCAUCUUUCGAAUACACCAUAUUUAUAUUAAUCAUGAUCAAUACGGUAACACUGGCAAUGAAAUAUCACAAUCAACCACCAUGGUAUACUGAACUGCUUGAUGCUUUAAAUAUGAUUUUUACCGCUGUCUUCGCGUUGGAAUUCGUAUUCAAGCUGGCGGCUUUCCGGUUCAAGAAUUACUUUGGAGACGCAUGGAAUGUGUUCGAUUUCAUAAUAGUUCUUGGCAGUUUUAUAGAUAUCGUUUAUUCCGAAAUAAAGGUACAUCCAACACUGCAAAUGACAAUAAUUUUAAUGCUUUUUGCUAUGAGCAGCACCAAAUUAAUAAUCGAAGACAUUAAUAGCCCCAAUGGUUUCGCUGAAAUUGCAUUAGAAGACGUUGACAUAACAUACAGCUACAAUACUAUUCUACACAUCAUCGACCCUAAAGAAAUUCAACAUGUCAUAGAAGGACUAGAGGAAAACACAAGAAUUAUAUCAAAUACCAAUGACAAACACUUUCUAAAUUUAGAACUAGAAAAAAACAAAAGCAAAACUUCAAACUAGCAUCCCGACUAGACACCCGAGAGGACUAAUAAACUUUAUAGGAAGAGGAAUGAAAUGGUUAUACGGUACAAUGGACGACUUUGACAGAGCAGAAAUAGAACGACAUUUACAACAAUCGAUGACAACAAUCAUGCAGUAAUAGAAGGCCUAAAAAAAAAUAUUGAAAUAAAUAACGCAUUUAAUAAUACAAUUUCGAAGCUAAAAAACGCAAAAGAAAGCGAUAGAACACAGAUUUACUCAACAUUAAAUCACAUAUAAAAAAAUAACGAAGAAAUAGAAAAUAAGCUCCUAUAUUUGGAUAUAUUGCUAAAAAUAAAAAUCCUGUUGGAUAAUGUCGAGCACAUAUAGAAUAAUUUUGUUGCCGCAAAAACAAACACUAUGAAUAAUAAUGUAUUAAGAAGUGAAGAAAUCGUUCGUUACAAUAUUGAUCUUUAUAAAAUGAAGAAUAUUAAACUAAGCACAGCUCAAUACAAAGAAAAUAAAAUAAUUUUUGUAAUUCAAAUACCUAAAGAUAUACGAAAAGUAAAAAAUCAUUUUUUGUAGCUAUGCCUAAUGAAAACCAAGAAGAACUUAUUUUUGAAAACAGAGAAAUUUUUAACAUAAACAAUACAAUGCAUUAUUUUAAUAACCAAGUAAGAAGAAGCUUUUUAAAAAAAUCUAACUUCUGUAUCUUUGUAAAUAAUUUCUUAAAGAGAUAUAAUAAACAAAUGGAAACCAUAGAAAUAAAACCGGGCUUAAUACAAUAGUUAUAAAAAACCAUGUAAACUCCAUAGUUAAUAGUAGUUGUAAUAACAACCAGUUCAAUUUAAAAGGGAAUAAACUAAUAACAUUUAACGAUUGUAAACUAGAAAUAAACGGAUACACUUAUCAUAACUCUGACGAUAAGUUUGAACACCAUUUUUUAGUAAACAAUAAUUUUAAUCUAAAUAAUAUUACAUCUCAGCCAACAUUUGAUGAAAUAGUGUCCAACCAGAUCGAAAAUAUUAAAAAAAUUUAAGAAAUAAGAUUUCAGAAAAAACUCAACUACACUUUUAAUAGCAUAGCUUUGACAGUCAGCCUGUUAACCUUGAGUGCAAUUGCCAUAUUAUACAUAUGUAAAAAAAGAAGAAAUAACAAAACAGAAAUUUUCAUCAAAACUCAGGAGAGUUUUAAAUCAAAUGGGGGAGGAGUUACGUCAACCACCCAUUCCAAUAACUCAUCACAUUCACUUCCCAUUAAUUGGCAACAGUAGACAAGUCAAUAAACUGCUUACGUUUAAUUUAACAAUAUUUCGCAAUAACUUUUCUUUAAUCAAAAACAAUAUCAAUUUCCUAAAGUCAAUAAACUGCAUACCUAUAUGCUUCACAAUGGUGCAGAAUAAUUUUUAUAUUUCGCAACAGCAUUAACUGUUUCAUUUUUUUUAUAAAAAAUUGACGAAUAAGCUUUUUCAACAGACGUCAGCUGAAAACCUCUAAAAUAAUAAAUAUUAUAAAUAGUUAAAAAUUAAGUAGUCUAA